AUGGGCGAGCAUCUGUUCUGGGCCAUCAGAGGCGGUGGUGGCGCCAGUUUCGGCGUGAUCACUGCUUGGAAGGUACAACUGGUGGAUGUUCCAGAAAAAGUCACUGUUUUCAACAUUGGCAAGACUCUGGAGCAGAACGCGACACAGUUAAUCCACAAAUGGCAAUCCAUCGCGCCAGAAUUCGUCGAUGAUUUGUUCCUGAGAAUCAUCAUAAAACCGGAGACUAAGAUCUUCCCGAGCUACGAUUUCCCAAUCGCUGCACGUGAAAAGCUACUCAAUAGACUUCAACCUAAGGUGAGAUUUUUCAAAGCGAAGUCCGACUACGUGCAGAAGCCCAUCCCGGGAUUCGGGCUUGAAGGCGUCUGGAGGCUAAUGCUCGAGGCGGUGGCCAACCAGUCCGUGAUCAUAUUCAGCCCUUAUGGAGGGAGGAUGGCAGAGAUUCCGGCCUCCGCCACUCCGUUUCCUCAUAGGACAGGGAAACUUGUACAUGAUCCAACACAUCAUAUUUUGGGACGAGAGCCAGAGUCAAGAUUCCGAGAGCUACAUAAGCUGGAUGGGGAGGCUAUACACUUACUUCGCUCCUUUUGUGUCGUCAUUCGCCGAGGCAAGCGUACUUCAACUACGAGAUCUCGAUAUCGGAGCCAAUAA